GGGAGAGCAGUGUAGCAGAAAGAGAGGAUUUGUCUGCCUCUGUAAAAAGACCAUGCUGUUGAGUAGAGAGACUCUAGAAGGGAUCAAGAUAACUGGACAGUAUUUACUGAGCAUUCCAGAAGUGAACAGCCUGCUAUCCAAUCGAAUCUGUUGCCAAGAUAUACUUGAACAAUUUUUUGGCAAACAACGUCAGCAGAGAGGAACCAAUAACAACCCGAAUGUAGAGCAGUUUGAGUACAACACAUCUUCUAUUCGAGUAAUGAGCUCAGUGGCCCUUGCUCCUGUCAAUGGAAACACUGGGAGAUUUUCGAGAAGGAGACCAGGUGAUCUGGCUGUAGACAAAGAGAACACUCCAUUGCAUAAGCGGCCAAGGCUAUGUGCAAAAGCAUUGUUCUAAGGGCACUGUGAGAUUUCAGCAACAAAGUACCUAAGAUUUCAAAGUUUUACGAAGAGGCUUAGCUUUAGAAGUACCUACUGCAUGAGCUUGUUUGUACUGUUCCAUAAAUGAUAUCACGCAUGAAAAUCCACGUAUCGUAAUCCAUAAGUCUACAAUCAUUCUAAGUAGCUGAU